AUGACCUACAGUGGCAAGGUCAGUGCAUGUGUCAGAACUUCAAGAUGGAAACAAGCCCUGCAUUUUCUUUUGGAGCCUCAGCUGCAGAACAUCGAGACCGACACCAUCAUCCACAAUGCAGUCAUUACAGCUCUGGAAAAGGGAAGCCGAUGGCGACUGGCCAUGGUUUCGCGGCUGGAGCUGGGGAGGCGCCAGCUUGCGGAUCUCAUCACUUGCAACGCCUUGCUGAGUGCCUGCGAAGCCAAGGCGCUCUGGCAGACAGCAAUCGUUCUGAUGGUGGAGCUAUUGGAUGACGGCCUUCAGGCUGAUGUAAUCAGCUACAACACAACGAUUAGCAGCCACGGUCGCAGUGAGCAGUGGCAGGAAGCUCUGCGCUUAUGCUCUGAAGUCAGCUUGCAAUCGCUGGAGCGGCAGGUAGUGACCUGGAGCUCAAGCAUCAGCGCUUGUGAGAAGAGUGCGCAAUGGGAGCAAGCUGUAGCACUGCUGGAUGAGCUGAAUGCUCAGCGGUGCCGAAGCGACGUGAUUGCGUAUAGUGCCGUGAUCAGCGCUUGUGAGAAAGCUUACCAGUGGCAAGCGGCCUUGCAAUUGCUACGAGAUUGCAUCGACAAGGUUGGCAGUGACGUCAUUGUGUACAGUGCCGCCAUUAGUGCAUGUGAAAAAUCCGAGCAGUGGCAACACGCGCUCCUUCUCUUUUGGAACCUCAAGGAUGAACUUCUCGCAACAGAUGUUAUUCUUUACAACGCCGCCAUCAGUGCCUGCGAGAGCCGGGGAAAAUGGCAGCAGGCACUGCGCUUGCUGGAGGACAUGGCUGAAAGCAGCUUGAGAGGAUCUACGACCACAUUUAAUGUUGCUAUCAGCGCAUGUCAGAAGGGAGGAAAGUGGCAACAAGCUGUGGCUUUGGCAAACGAAGUGGCCAGCUGUAUGCAGACUGACAUCGUGACUUUCAGUGCUGCUAUCACGGCCUGUGAGGACGCCAGCGAGUGGGAGCAGGCGGCGCUCUUCCUCGCUGAGCUUCAGAAUUCAACGCUCCAGUGCGAUGUAGUGGCGCUCCAGGCAAUGCUAAACGUGUGUAGAGAUGGUGGGCAGAGCCACAGAGCUGCAGAAGUGCUUGCUGAACUGCGAGUACUCGUUUGGCACCUUAUACCUGCAUGA